ACUGUCCGCAUCUGCAAACCUCUUCCACAAGGACCCACCAUUCUCUUUCUCUCUUCAACGAACCCAGCUAUUUUUCCAACACUCUCGGGCAUCCAUCUUCCAAUCUUCCCUUAGAAACGGCCUUUUUCUACUAGUCCAAGAGUCUCAACCAUGUCCGGAAAAGCCGACAGCCAGCGAGAGGCCGAGUUCUCGUCCUACUACUUGCAACGCACCACACAGGAACUCUCCGAGGACCUCGACAAGGUCCGCACUGCCGAUGACUUUAAGGCUGAUUCGAUUCCCUUUCUUGUCCAUGCCCUGCAGCAAGGCGCAGGCCUCUUCUCGGCAGAGGAUCAGAAGCGUGUGGUGACGGCCUCGAAGAGCGACAAGGGAGAGAAUGCUUAACUGGCAUGGCUUGCCACUCCCCCAGAUGCAGGACCCAUCUCAUUCCUGAAUAUCCCUCAGGCGUUGAGAAUUGAAGUUCAGAAGGGCCUCAUCGAAAUCAAGCAGAAUUCGGAAACGAGUCUCUCGGU